AAGGUGUGUGCCCUAUGCUUUGAACUUAACUUCAUAGCUUCUUUUGGCAUCGAAUAAACCCGUCAAAGCUUGUGUCGUUUGGACAAAUCGUUAAAUAGACUGUGAAGCUGAAAUCUUUGGAUACAGUAAUUAGACAAGCAUUUACUGCCAAAUAGGAUCCAUACACAAAUGUCAUAGAGAGGGCUAGGGUUACCACUUUAAAGGAAAUGGUGAUGUAAAACGACCGACUGCUUGGAAUGGAGCAAUUUUUCUGACAGAGAAGAAUGGAAGAGUUAUGAUUGUCAAAGCGCUUAAUGAAAUUAACCACUAUCUAGGUCGAUCAGCUGAGCUUUAUCUUUUUAUCUAUAAUUAUGAAUUUCCGAGUGGCCCGUGGCUACUGCCGCGAUAAUCCCGUCCUACUGUUUUGACCCUUUUUUCUGUUAAAUAGUUCUACACGAUCCUCUCGUCAAAUGUUACGGUGAAAAUAUCCGAAUUAUGUGUUAAAUAUAUCUGAAAAGCUUUCGAAUAAUUAUCCCGUCGACAUUACCUAGAUUAUGAAAAGACCCAAGAGUUCUGUAGUUCAAGAUAAUCGUUUGCUUUUGAAGUUCUAGGGAGCUAACUUUCUCCAGUAUCGAUCACAGCGGUGUGAUGUGACGCGUCCUGUGGAUUACGGGUAUAGGAGGCAGGUAUUUAGUGAGGACCAGACAAUAGACAGCAACGUUUGAGCUCUGUCCCUUCAUUCAAGAAGAUGGUCCCCAGACACCUAGAUCACGUGAUACAGAAGACAAUGACGAGAGCAGUUCUUAUUUUCUUUUCCCUGGAAUUCAUUAAAGUCGUUUUAGGAGCGGUUCCUCCCGGGGGCAUAGAGGGACUGUGGAUCACGGAUUUGAAUCUCAAGGACAAGGUCAAGGACGAUGCGUACCUGUGGAUGCGCACGGCGGUCAGCAGGGUGCAGUGUGCUCUGGAGUGCACGGCGGACGCGCGCUGUAUGUCGCAUUUCUACAAAGAAACCAGCACUACCUGUAUAGCUCAAGAUGUUCAACUUGACUCCAUCGACGUUCGGAACUCAUCUGGGUUUUUAGCUUAUGGAUUACAAACAGCAGCGAGUUGCGUGGCCCCCUUCCAGUACAACCGAGCAGCGAAUCUGUGUUUCUGGAUCUCUGACGUCAAGGGGAACCUGACGACGGCGCAGCAGGUGUGUGGGUCACACGGCGGAUCCUUGGCAACCAUCGACACGGUGGCCAAGCGUGACGCCCUGCUGGCCUACCCAAAUCUAAAUAAAGAUGGAUCAGGUAAUUUUGUUGCGUCAUAUCUGAUCGACGGAAGUGACGAAAUGAAUGAAACGGACUUCCGCUACAAAGAUGGAAGCGUUGUUCCCUCUGGUUUUUGGAUGGCUGGAUUUCCACAAAACAACUCAGCAGAAAAUUGUAUUCAUUUCCCAACAUGGUCAAAUGGACUUUUUAUGAACUACGAGUGUGGCAAUAGUAAUUAUUAUUUCAUUUGUCAAAAGCCUUAAAUUCUCUCUCUCUCUCUCUCUCUCUCUCUCUCUCUCUCUCUCUCUCUCUCUCUCUCUCUCUCUCUCUGUAUUACCGUACUGCUUUAUUACAUAGAACAUGUCAACUGGGUACAUGUAUGGAGAGGACACAUAGAACCGAUGCCAUUGUUUAUAAUUUCAAUAAUAUACAUUGUAUUUAUGAACUGUCUAAAGAUACUAUUAAAUGUUUUAAUGCAGAAAAUGUGUAACGAGUUAAUCAGUAAAUUCAAAGAUCAAUAAUUCACUAAAGCUGAUUAACUUACAAACCAAUUUGAUUGGUAAGUGUACGUAAUUUUGUGAUCGCUUUGUACUUAAAAUGUUUGUUUUUUUUUUUCAUUAUACUUAUUGACGUGUAAUUGUUACCUUUGAAAGAAACAGAGGUGGGCAAUUGUUUGCAAAAUGCUUCUCUUUGUCUCCCUUAUUAUCAUCUAUAUAAAGAUUCGCCCAUCCCACGUGGCUUAUUUGUCCUCGUUAUUUCAAUGCUGUAUGUCUAUGUAUACUUUCUAUAGGGAUUAAACGAAUGCUAUUUAAACAGAUAUUUGUGAUUUGAAUUGGUAUACAUGAAAAGCAAUUAUUUGAAUUGUAUAUUACCAUUGGUUGAUUGGUGAAAUUGAUUGUUGUUCUGUUUCAUGGAUUACAAGCUGAAAUAAAAUAAAAUACAAACGGUA